CUCAAACUCCUGCAAAUCAAGUGUCAACAAACAGCGUCCGUUCAAAGUGCCGCUUCCUGACCUGUUUCAGACAGAGGCACUACACCGUGAUAUCCUCAACAGGAAUAAAACAGCAUUCAACCAGGUUAUUGAGCGGUACAUUUCCCUGGCACACGGACUUCCUCCUCCACUAGAUGAAUGUCCCUACCAGUCUCCACACAACAGCAAAAACAAACCAAGUUCAACUCCCUUAUACCCCCAGAAGAACCUUUCCAGGACAGGUGCAACCAUAAAAACCAGCACUGUCUCCCCAGCGAUCUCAUUGAGGCAAGAUUCAUGUUGUGAUGAGGAUGAUCUUGUUAGAGAAGUGGAGGAAUCACUGCAGAGGAGGAAACAACAGCUUGGGUUAAGUGAUGACUUUAUAUGUGAGGAGAUAGAGGAUAAUGAGGUUGAUGAGGAUGACCCCACUUGGGAUGGCUCUCAUUACCAUGCCAGGGUGAAUUUACCCACCAGAUUGCAUAAAAAGAGAAAACUUUCUGAUAAUCUUAUUACAAACACAGUGGGGUCAUCUGAUGAAAACAAGUCUCGAAAGAAAGCAAAAGCACCUGUGGAUGAGGUAAGCCUUUCCCAAAACAAAACUGCUGAUUUGAGGAAGCUUUCUGUGCAGGACAGGCUUUCAGAUGUGAGCAACUUACCAAGAAGAAAAGGUAGACCUCCCAAAAGAAAGUCAGUGCUGGAGGUGAAUGAUGAGGGUGAUAUAUCAAAGAAAAGAUGUAGAUUGCCCAAACAAAAGUCAGUGCAGAAGGUGAGCGUUGAGGGUGAUACGUCAAGGAAGAGAGGUAGACAGCCCAAAGCAAAAGUGGCGGCAGAGAGUCAAGAAAAUCUGAGACAGAACAACCCAAGGAAUGAACCCAAACGGAGAGGCAGGCCGCCCAAGAAGAAUAAAACAUUGAGUGUGAACCCCACCAAGGACGGAACCUCAAACAAAAGGUCACCUGAUGAAAACAAUGUGCCACAAAAGAGAGGCAGACCAUCCAAGAAAAAUAAAACAUUGAGUCUGAACCCCACCAAGGACGGAACUUCAAACAAAAGGUCACCUGAUGAAAACAAUGAACCCAAACGGAGAGGCAGGCCAUCCAAGAAGAAUAAAACAUUGAGUCUGAACCCCACCAAGGAUGGAACCUCAAACAAAAGGUCACCUGAUGAAAACAAUGAACCCAAACGGAGGGGCAGGCCACCCAAGAAGAAUAAAACAUUGAGUCUGAACCCCACCAAGGACGGAACUUCAAACAAAAGGUCACCUGAUGAAAACAAUGAACCCAAACGGAGAGGCAGGCCAUCCAAGAAGAAUAAAACAUUGAGUCUGAACCCCACCAAGGAUGGAACCUCAAACAAAAGGUCACCUGAUGAAAACAAUGAACCCAAACGGAGGGGCAGGCCACCCAAGAAGAAUAAAACAUUGAGUCUGAACCCCACCAAGGACGGAACUUCAAACAAAAGGUCACCUGAUGAAAACAAUGAACCCAAACGGAGAGGCAGGCCACCCAAGGAGAAUAAAACAUUGAGUGUGAACCCCACCAAAGACAAAACUUCAAACAAAAGGUCACCUGAUGAAAACAAUGAACCCAAACGGAGAGGCAGGCCACCCAAGAAGAAUAAAACAUUCAGUCUGAACCCCACCAAAGACAAAACUUCAAACAAAAGGUCACCUGAUGAAAACAAUGAACCCAAACGGAGGGGCAGGCCAUCCAAGAAGAAUAAAACAUUGAGUCUGAACCCCACCAAGGAUGGAACCUCAAACAAAAGGUCACCUGAUGAAAACAAUGAACCCAAACGGAGGGGCAGGCCGCCCAAGAAGAAUACAACAUUGAGUGUGAACCCCACCAAGGACGGAACCUCAAACAAAAGGUCACCUGAUGAAAACAAUGUGCCACAAAAGAGAGGCAGACCAUUCAAACAGAAAGCAACAGGGACUCUUAAGAUCCACACUCAAGACUGUAGUGUAGUGCUGAGAAGGCUUGGUGGGGGCAGGGAGGCCAUCCAGUCUGUAAAUAAAUCAAAUGAAACCAGGACACUGUGCAGUAUUAGAGGUGCAGAAGAGGAGCAAAGACCUCAAGAGAGCAGUAAUGGUAUUGUGAAGCUGGUGCAGGAGGCAGUGGGAGGGACUGCUGGUAUUCUGCAUAGGGUUGAAUAUGGGAAGUAUAUAAUCUGCCUCCUUGACACCAUGGACACGAUGCUUGUCAUGGUAAAUCAAAGCGUGCCCAGUGAAACUAGUACUGGCAAAGAAACAGAAGCAACUACACGAAAGACUUCCAAAAAAGAGAAGAAAAAAGCCCAAGGAAGAGAACAGAGUACAAGAACUCAUACUGGCAGCAACAUGGAAGCAAACACACAAGCAGAACAAACUGUCAGCAGAAUUACUAACAUAGAGAAAAGAAAAAAGGUAGACCAAACAGCUAAAAAAACUAACAACAAAGAAAAAGAUAAAAAAGCCAUAGAAAAACAGCAGACAGUGGAUAAGAAAGCAAGGAGUAGCACAAGAACUGAAUCCUCACGCCAUCAUGAGGCGAUGCAACAGUCUGAGUCAACUGUUGAACAUCCUACAGUGAAAAAGAUGGGACAGAAUAACAGCCGAAAAAGGGAGCACAUCUCAAACGCAGUCAAGUCACCGAAGAGACAAAGGAAUGAGUCAAGCGUGCCCGCCAAGGCUUCUGUUGCAACACACCUGGCCAUAGAUGCCAUGUUGUCACCUGGGCAGAAUAGCGGCAUUGUUCCCAGCAGUGAAGGCAAUGUGCUGAAGAGAUUACAUGUUGAUCCAGAUGCAGGAACAGAUAAAGUUACAGGUCAGUUUAUGCAGCAUGAACCUCCGAACACUGGUGAAUCACCAAAUCAGCCCAAAAAAGCAUGUGACCUAGAAGUCUCUGACAGAAGUCUUUCUUCCGAUGGGUCAGAGUCAGAGUCACAGUAUGAAGAUGGAUCGCUUACUGAUAGUGAUGAAGAUGACAUGAUUUCAGAAUUUAGUGCAACCCAGAAAAAGAAGAGCUUCCUCCAUCAGACACGAGAAAGGCUGAAAAGAAGGAAUUACAGACCAGAGCACAGAGAGUCAGUGAGCAAAAUUAUAUUUGAUCGUGACGAUGACAUCCUUAUUAUGGAACCGCCCAAGCCUGUGCCCAUGUCAGAAAACAAGAAAGACAACACAAAUUCUGAAAACAGCCAGAGCACAAAGGGGGUGCAGGGCAGACCCUUCAUGGUAUCACCAUAUGUUUCCCUGAAGACCCAAAGAGCCAAUAGGAGAGCUGCAGGUGGACAGCAAAGCCUGACCACUAGCAGUUCCUUCAUCCAAGGCCCUCAUCAAGACCUCCAUCAUGAAGAAGGUUCCAGAGAUGAUGACUUCGGCCUCAACCAGGGUACCAGUGGACGGUCAAACGGAGGAGGAACCUGA